UGCUAGCACGGAGUGUUUACAUUCGAAAUUACUUAAAAUGACAUUUUACGACAAACUAGGUAAGAAAUGCCGCGAGCAACUGAACUUCGAACCAUGUCGAACGCUCCUGCGAUUGGCAAAAUCAGCUGAAUUAGAUAUGACUGAUGCAAAAUUCGCAGAGAUGAUGGACGAUAGUGAUGAGUUGAAGAAUCUUCGAGGAGAAUUUUUCUAUCCGAAGAUGAAGGAUCUCCCUCAAGUUGAUCCUGCAAUAGUGGAUAUGGAGAUGGACAGCAUGUACUUCUGUGGAAAUUCUUUGGGACUCCAACCCAAAGAGUCGCGUACAUUGGUCAUACAGGAGCUGGACAAGUGGCAAAAAAUGGGAGUUCAUGGUCAUUUUUGUGGUGCUCUUCCUUGGUGGAAAAUAGAAGACUUUGUACUUUCAGAAAGUGCCAGAAUAGUUGGUGCUAAGGAUAUAGAAGUUGCCAUCAUGAACUCUUUGACAGUAAAUCUACACCUUCUGUUGGUGCCAUUUUAUAGACCAACACCUCAGAGACACAAAAUUCUAAUAGAAGCAAAGGCAUUCCCCUCGGAUCAUUAUGCAGUGCAGUCACAGAUUAGUUUCCAUGGAUACAAUCCAGCAGAAGCCCUUAUGGAAGCUACACCAAGAGAGGGUGAGGAACUACUCAGAACUGAUGAUAUUCUGUCCUUAAUUGAAGAACAUGGAGAAUCAAUAGCACUUGUUAUGUUCAGUGGUGUUCAAUAUUACUCUGGACAAUUUUUUGACAUAAAAAGAAUUACUGCAUCUGCACAGAAAAAGGGUUGUGUGGUUGGUUGGGAUCUAGCACAUGCUGUUGGAAAUGUGGAAUUGAAACUUCAUGACUGGAAUGUUGACUUUGCCUGUUGGUGUUCUUACAAGUAUCUCAAUUCAGGACCUGGAGGUAUUGCUGGAGCAUUUGUCCAUGAAAAACAUGCCUACAACUUUGACCUUCCCAAGUUUGCUGGCUGGUGGGGUCAUGACAGAACAAGUCGCUUUGAAAUGGGCCAUGAAUUCAAGCCACUACCUGGAGCUGCUGCCUAUCAGUUAUCUAAUCCACCUCUACUGCAAACUGUCUCAUUAUUAGGAAGUUUGAAUAUUUUUGCAAAAACAAGCAUGAAGAAUCUUAGAGCAAAGUCAGAUUUAUUGUCAGCUUAUCUUGAGCUUCUUCUCCUACACCAUUUUGGAGUGCCACAAGACGAUGAUAAAACUCCUACGAAACGGCAAAAAGUGGAGAACGGUUUUGCAGAAGACAAGAAAAACAUACAUGUGUCAAUCAUUACGCCAGUCAACCCAGCUGAGCGUGGUUGUCAGCUGUCAGUCAAAUUCUCUGUACCAAUAAAAUCCGUGCAUAAAGAGCUUGAAAAACGAGGAGUUGUGGUGGAUACACGGGAACCUGACGUCAUGAGAAUUGCUCCAACGCCGCUGUACAACAGCUUCACGGACGUUCAUCGGUUUGCGACGUCAUUAAAGGAAGUUUUUCGUGUGCUGGAUUCGUUUGAAUCCGAAUAGUAUUCUUACCAUUUGGGGUGGUUUUCUGUCUUAUGAAGGAAUUAUUUUGUUGCUCUGUGUUUAGACGUGAUAGCUUUUACCAACUGAGCAGCGGGUGCAGGAGACACUCGUAUAUUCACACGGACGUUUGCACUCGUAAAGCGCGUGCGCAUAUUCGGUGUUGUUUGUGAAAUUUUUCACCAAAUAACAUAGUACAUGGUAUACUAUAAUUUAUUAUAUUUAUUAUUUACCUAUGUAUUGACAAGAUCUCCGUUCAACCCCAUACCUCAUUACGAACGCAGCACUUCGAUCAAAGAAAGCUAUGGCGAAAACUAUAUAUUGCCCUCGUGGCUAGGCUUUUUUAUUUUAUUAGUAUGGGGUUACACGAAUCUUUACAUGUAUUUUUCGAUUUAUUUAUAUUUUCUCUUUAUUUUUGGAAUAUUUACGGUCUACAUACACUUGAAAU